UCUCCAUCUACACAAACUUGCUCAACUUUGUUCUUUGUUCAAACUUUUCGAUAAAAUCUGAGUUCAAAGAUUGAAUCUUUCUCUGUGUCUGUUAAGAAAAAGACUGAUUUUUUAUGCCAUAUCUUUGAGUGAUUUAUAGCUUUCCAUAGCUUUGAGAACAGCCAAAACUCAGUUUUUGUACGUUAAAGUCUUUGAAUCUGCUGUUUUUUGAACUGGGUUUUAGAUUUUCAAACUCAAAGUUGUGUUCUUUUUUAAAAUUUGAAAGACUGAAUAUAUCAGUUUGCAUUUCGAAUUUACAGGGCUUUGUUUUGAUAGUCUAAAAAAGAGAAUCUUUCUUUAGUACACGAGUUCAUUUCUAUCGAAGUUAAACUUGAAACUAGCAUUCCUUUUUAUGUUUUAUUAUUUUGCUUAUUUUCUUUCUCAAUCUGAAUUGUUUCAACUGUAAUGGCAUUUGGCGUGGACUCUGUUUUUUCAAAAUCAGUGGCAACAGUUGGAUCAGAUCACUCCUCAGUUGUAUCAAUAAAUCUAUUUGUGGCGCUUCUUUGUGCGUGUAUCGUUGUUGGGCAUUUACUAGAAGAGAAUCGGUGGAUAAAUGAGUCCAUUACAGCACUUGCUAUAGGUUUGUGUACUGGGAUUGUUAUUUUGCUUACAACUGGAGGGAAAAGCUCACGUCUUUUAGUUUUCAGUGAAGAUUUGUUCUUUAUAUAUCUUCUUCCACCUAUUAUUUUUAAUGCGGGGUUCCAGGUGAAGAAGAAGCAAUUUUUCCGCAACUUCAUGACUAUUAUCCUCUUUGGUGCAGUUGGUACUCUGAUAUCCACUGGCGUCAUUUCAGUCGGUGCUAUGCAUUUCUUCCAGAAGCUGAAUAUUGGUUCCCUCGAUAUAGGAGACUAUCUUGCAAUCGGAGCAAUAUUCUCUGCCACGGAUUCUGUCUGUACCUUGCAGGUGCUUAAUCAGGAUGAGACACCUUUGUUAUACAGUCUGGUUUUUGGAGAAGGUGUUGUGAAUGACGCCACAUCUGUUGUGCUCUUCAAAGCAAUCCAGAGCUUUGACCUCUCCAACAUCAAUUCAACCGCUGCUACGCAAUUUGCUGGAAACUUUCUAUAUCUGUUUGUCUCAAGCACCGUUUUGGGAGUUCUGGCUGGACUAUUUAGUGCAUUCAUUAUUAAGAAGCUUUACUUCGGCAGGCACUCUACUGAUCGUGAGGUUGCUCUUAUGAUACUCAUGGCUUACCUUUCAUAUAUGCUGGCUGAACUAUUCUAUUUAAGUGCUAUUCUUACUGUGUUCUUUUGCGGGAUCGUUAUGUCACACUACACAUGGCAUAACGUGACUGAAAGUUCAAGAGUAACAACCAAGCAUGCUUUUGCUACUUUGUCUUUUGUUGCUGAGAUCUUCAUCUUCCUUUAUGUUGGCAUGGAUGCCUUAGACAUUGAGAAAUGGAAAUUUGUAAGCCAUAGCCCUGGAACAUCAAUUGGUGUGAGUGCAAUACUCCUGGGAUUGGUUCUGCUUGGAAGAGCAGCUUUUGUUUUCCCCUUGUGCUUUUUAUCCAACUUGACUAAGAAGUCUUCAUAUCAGAAAAUUGACAUAAAGCAACAGGUAACAAUUUGGUGGGCUGGUCUUAUGCGUGGUGCUGUUUCUAUGGCUCUUGCGUAUAAUCAGUUUAACAGUUCAGGCUAUAGAAGAUUUCGCGGGUGUGCAAUUAUGAUCACCAGUACAAUCACAGUUGUCCUCUUCAGCACAGCGGUGUUUGGGAUGAUGACUAAACCACUAGUGAGAAUCUUGCUUCCUUCUUCGAAACAAACUUCCAGCAUGUUGUCUUCUGAGCCAUCUAGUCCUAAAUCCUUCCUUGUGCCAUUUCUGAAUGGGCAAGAUUCAGAAGACAACAAGGACGGCCAGAAUGUAGCUCGCCCGUCAAGCCUAAUGAUGCUUUUGAGCACCCCUUCUUACACUGUCCACCAUUACUGGCGAAAAUUCGACGAUGCUUUCAUGCGGCCUGUUUUUGGUGGCCGUGGUUUUGUACCAUUUGUACCUUGCUCCCCAACUGAUCCAAGUGAUCUUAACCAAUGGCAGUGAGGAGAAAAGUUUUCUACAGAUGAAUGACUACUAAUUUAUAAGACUUGGUAGGUAGGUCAUGCAAUCGGCUUGUCGGUGUGAAAUUUGUUAAUAGUCAAGAGAUUUCAGAGUGAGGUUGUGAUGCCAUUUUUAUAUAGGAUUCACAGCUUGUAAUUUGUUUCCAUUUUGGUGAUUCUUUUUUUUUUUUUUUUUUUUUGUCUAUACGGUUUGUCAAAGGAGAUGAUAUUCCAGAGAGCAUGCAGGGAAUGUAAGCAUUUUCCAUACUUGAGUUUUGUCGUAUUAUUUUUUGAGGUGAAUGAUUGCCAUGGUUGGCUUUAGGAGAA